GGUUUAUUAUUAGUCUAUAAACUAUUAUAGCUGUUUUCCAAACCCUUCUUUACUGUCACCUCUGUUACCACACACACACACCCCACUUCCCUCUUCUUUCUCUUCUCUCCUAACCCCCAUUAUUUACUUUCUCUGACACAUCCAUCUUCUUCUUCAGCUACUACCAUUUUCUCUUUCUUUCAUUCACACUAGUCCUCAUGAAAGAAGUAACAGUGGAAGCAGAAGGUCACCACCAUGGAGGAGGAGCAGCACAAGGUGGAGGAGGAGGAGGAGGAAGGAGUGGUAGCACUACAAGUGGGUCUUCAAGGCCAGACCUUCAGAACAGUGCAAUGAAGAUUCUGAGAGCAAGAGACGGUUACAACAACUCCAACAACACCAACAACAAUAACGGAACUAGUUAUGAGGAAGUUGGAGAGAAGCCAUCAAGAUUUGAAGUGUUUGGAUGGUAUCUUUAUGAGUUCUGUUUCUACUUUGUUCAAACCGUAGUCGUUCCAAUUCUCUUCCCACUCAUAAUAAGCCAGCUACAACACUUGCCAACUAACUCACUCCAACAAUGGAACAAGAACCACCAAGACCUACACUGCUCCCAAAAGGAACUUCACAUGUAUAUCAAGCUCACAAGUAAAACAAUUGGUGGAUCGAGUUACUCUGCUUUGGAAUGGGCAUCAAUUGGUUGGGCUACAGGCUUGGCAUUGGCUGUUCCAAUCCUAGGAUUCCUGUCCUUCCACCUUGACGGCCACUUCCCAAAGCUCAUCACGGCGGCUGCGACUGGCCUCGGCGUGUUCUUCUGCCUGCCGGCCGGAUUCUUCAAAUCCACAGCCAUCUUCAUUCCGUACAUUAUUGGCAUUGUUGCGGCCAGCACGGUGGCUAGCGCGGCGCACACGCAGCACCUAGGACUAAUGAUCCGCGCCUUCACGGGACCAUCCCUGAAGAGAAGCCAAUUCUCAAUAAGGCAAGGUGUGUCUAGCUGGCUGAACCUUUAUGGCACGGCGGCCGGGUGCUUAGGCGCAGCCUUGAUUUCGGCCUUCAUAUAAGUGUAUUUGUGUGAAAUAAUUAUACGUUCUCAAUGAACAAAAAUUUCGGAAAUAAGAAGCCAUAAUGGAUAGUUCUAA